GAUGUUUACGUAACGCUGCUAGUCAAUUUGGCCCAUAAAACAAAGUCAAAGAAGUAAGAGAUUUUUCUAUUAAACAAUCCUAAGAAUUUAUCAAAUAAAUAAAUAAAUGAAACGAAAUUUACGUUAUUUUGGAUUAGAUACGUUAUUGUUGUCAGCCUGGGGAACAGCUGCACCACUUAACACGACCACUAGGGGGCAGCUUUUCCUAGACACGAGACACGGGACGCCGCCACCAGUCUCCUCUCUCCGUCUCCUCCCCAUCACCACCCUGCCCUCUUUUGGAUGCUCCUCGCUAUGCACCUGUGUUAUUUUGAUACUACAAGUGACAAAAUACUUAAGCCAAACAUGUCUCAUUAGCGUAAUAAGGGUAAACGGUUCCAGCCGAGGAUUCCUUCAGUGCUUCGGCUGAUCUUCAACCGAUGUCGGUCAGCUGACGGUGUGGUGAAUGGUCGCAGGGCAGCAGUGAGACAGCAUCUUUUUGCCGCCGGUGACACAUCAUUAUCUGUAAGAGCGCACAAGUGACCGUAUUUCUGGGCCCAGUGGAAAACCAUGGCGGACAAGAGCGACCUCAAAGCAGAGCUGGAGCGCAAAAAGCAGCGCCUAGCCCAGAUCAGAGAGGAGAAGAAGAGGAAAGAGGAGGAGAGGAAGAAGAAAGAGGCCGCAGCACAGCUUCGGUCAGAGAACCAGCAGAAGGCGGAGGCGGCGCCACAGGACUCGGACCUGGACCGAAAGCGCCGGGAGACGGAGGCCCUGCUUCAGAGCAUCGGCAUCUCCCCGGAGCCCCCACUAGUCCCGACCCCCGUGUCCCCCUCCAAAUCAGUGAGCACGCCCAGCGAGGCCGGGAGCCAGGACUCUGCUGAAGGCGGGCCGGCCGGCAGGACACUGCAGUGGGACACAGACCCCUCUGUGCUGCAGCUGCAGUCAGACUCUGAACUUGGGCGUCGGAUGCAGCGGCUGGGGCCAUCAAAGAUCGUCCAGGUGGACUUCCUCCCCAAAGAGUUGGUCUCCUACUGCAAGGAGACCCAGACCCCCCUCACCGCUCACCUCUCCGAAGUAGAGGAGGAAGAGGAGGACGAGGAGUUGGCCGAGGUGAAGCCAGGGCCCGAGACGGAGCAGCUGGAUGAGGACGACGCCAAGGAACCAAACGAUGCCGGGCCCCCCCACCGGGAGCUGACGGAGGAGGAGCGCCAGCAGAUCCUGCACUCGUCGGACUUCCAGAGCUUCUUCGACUGCAGCGUGCGCGUGAUGGAGCGCGCCCUGGCCGAGGACGACGACAUCUUCUUCGACUACGGCGGCCGCGACCUGGACGACAAGGAGGGGGAGCUGGCGGGCGGCUCCAGUCUGUCUCUCAGCCGGCUGUUCUAUGACGAGCACUGGUCCAAACACAGAGUCAUCACCUGCCUCGACUGGUCUCCCCAGUACCCAGAGCUCCUGGUAGCCUCCUAUAACAACAACGAAGACGCCCCCCACGAGCCGGACGGUGUGGCUCUGGUGUGGAACAUCAAGUUCAAGAAGGCCACGCCGGAAUACAUCUUCCACUGUCAGUCUCCGGUGGUGUCGGUGGGCUUCGCCAGGUUCCACCCCAACCUGCUGGUGGGGGGCACGUACUCGGGACAGAUCAUCCUGUGGGACAACCGGAGCCACCGCCGCACUCCCGUCCAGAGGUCGCCCCUGUCCGCUGCGGCUCACACCCACCCAGUGUACUGCGUGAACGUGGUGGGCACCCAGAAUGCCAACAACCUGAUCACGGUGUCCACAGACGGCCGGAUGUGUUCCUGGAGUCUGGACAUGCUCUCCCAGCCGCAGGAGAGCAUGGAGCUGGUGUACAACAAGUCCAAGCCCGUGGCGGUAACGGCGAUGGACUUCCCCACCGGAGACGUCAACAACUACGUGGUGGGCAGCGAGGAGGGCACCGUGUACACCGCCUCCAGACACGGCAGCAAGGCCGGUAUCUGUGAGAUGUUCGAGGGCCACCAGGGGCCGGUGACGGGCAUCAGCUGCCACAACGCCGUGGGCCCCGUGGACUUCUCCCACCUCUUCGCCACGUCCUCCUUCGACUGGACCGUCAAGCUGUGGAGCACCAAGGUACGCUCCGACCACAACAAGCCUCUGUACUCGUUCGAGGACAACGCCGACUACGUCUAUGAUGUCAUGUGGUCCCCGGUGCACCCUGCGGUGUUCGCCGCCGUGGACGGGAUGGGCCGCCUGGACCUCUGGAACCUCAACAACGACACCGAGGUGCCCACCGCGAGUGUCACCGUGGAGGGGGCGUCGGCCCUCAACAGGGUCCGCUGGUCGUCAGGGGGGAAGGAGGUCGCUGUGGGCGACUCGGAGGGACGCGUCUGGAUCUACGACGCCGGAGAGGUGCGGGUUUCCGUGGGAACUGUGUCCAUGCACAUCUGUGAUAUAUAUAGCCCAACCUAGCUUUGUUGUCGACGGGGAAUAGGUUAACCUGACUAUUGUUGGGUAACAUCCUUACUUUACCAACAGCGAUAUAUUGUUUCUCUUUCUUCCGACAAAUGUACUUAUUGUAAGUCGCUGUGGUGUCUGCUAAAGGCCCUAAAUGUAAA